AUGGCCAUGCAGCGAAGCCGCAGUGGGGCGGUGCCCCUCGCACUGCUGCUGAUCGUGGUGAUGCUGGGAACGAUGGUUGAGUCCCUGCCCCAGUCGAGUGUGAGCGUGUCGAAGGAGCAGCGUGGCAAACCGGAAACGGUGCCCGAGGAAGCAGGCGACGACUACAACGAUGACUACGACGAUGAUGACCUUGGCGAGGACUCGCCGGAGGCCACGCAGAUCACCGACGGAGCGCAGGUGGUCGGGACGAAGCUGCUGACGAAGAACUACGUCGAGAAGGCGCCGCCCGGCGACCAGGUGUCGUUCCGGUGCGAAGUCUCCAAUCCGACCGAGCAAACCAUCAUCAUUUGGUACAAGAACAACCAGCCGAUCUUCCAGCACCACACCCGGCUCACGUCCGACACGCGUUUCUCGAUGAAGGACAACUUUUCGCUCCAGAUCGACGGGGUGCAGCUUCCGGACGAGGGCUUCUACUCCUGCCAGCUGCUGCCGAGCAAUAUGACCGUUAAAAUCGAGCUCCAGAUAAUGACACCACCACGCAACGUCCACAUCAUGCACGGAAGCAAGGUGGUGAACGAAACGAUCGAGCUAAACCAACGAGACCGCAAGUUUGUGCUGUUCUGCUCGGCCACCGGGCAUCCGACGCCGCAGAUCAACUGGUCCUACCGGGGACGCCACCUGGACGAGGAGUACAGCCGACAGAUUGGGAUCGUGCCACGCAAGGAGUUCAUCGAGAUCCACGAGGUCAAACCGAGGCACGCCGGCGACUACGAGUGUUUGGCCCAGAACGGCGUCGGUGAGCCCGUCAGCCGGACGGUCACGGUGCUGGUGAGAGACGACGACUCCACCGAGCUCGAAUCGGAGAUGGAUGAGGGCAACAGUACGGUACCGCUGGAGAAAGGAGUUCCCACCAUUCACAAACACGCUACCUACAUCAACACGGCCAUCGGCGAAACGGUGGAGCUGACGUGUCAGUACGAUAGCAAUCCGGCGCCCCGGAAGGUCCAGUGGUUCCGGGACAGCGAAGUGAUGUCACCGUCCGGCAACCACAUCGUGAACGAUCACCACGGACACCACGACCGGACGCGGCUCACGCUCAAGGGCAUCCAGCAGAAGGACCUGGUGUCGUACUUUUGCAAAAUCGAGAACGACAUCGGAGAGGCGAGUGCGAAGACGAUCCUGGGGCUGAACCCGGGUCCCGCGCACCUGGUGCACUCAAACUACUCCGACGGGCUGCUGCACACGUGGUGGAAGAUCCACAGCAUGCAGCAGAUCUCCGAGAUGCAGGUGCACUACCGGGGCGAAAAUACCAAAUACGCGCCGGUCAACGCAGAAAUCUCCAGCACGGAUCAGAACUACGACGAUUUCACCUGGACGGUCCGCAAAUCGAUCCGGUUGCCCGAGGGCCAGUGGUACGUGACGGCACGGGCCCGCAACACCGAGGGCUGGUCGAUUGCCGAGAGCGUCCCGCACCAGUUCCAGAUCCCGAGCCGUUCGACCAACGCCAAGGACAACAUUCAGCUCAGUUCGGUCGGCGGGGCCGGAGCUAGCCCAGCGCACCGGACCAGCCCUUCCGCCCUGUCCAGUGUCCUGGGGCUGCUGCUGUUAGUACUGACCGCCACCACCGUCAAGUCAGUGAUGUAUUAAAAAGUCCCGGAGCCAACGAAGCGAAGCGAUGGGGUGUGUACGCGUUGGGGACCGGAUCAAACGCGAGGCAACAGAGCAGUAGAAACAACAAACAGAGAACAUCUCUCCUGAUUUUUUUUGACGCGCAAAGUGGCAACAAAGCUUCCAAUCUCACCAUUGGCACUUUCGCGGUAUUGUUGUGAACUCGAGAAAAGUGGAUCCUCCGACAUAAAAUCACGCGGAUCGAAUUUGCACACGAACCGUGAAAGCGGACAAUUAGAAAAUCCGUACCAGAAGGCGGGCGGGCGGAAAGUGGAAGCUGCCCUGGUCGAGAAGGUGGCCCAACGGUGUUUCGCUCCCAAAACAAAGAAGCCCUUUUUCGCACGUUUUUCUUCCAUUUUUCCGCGGCGCCACCCAAUCGAAUCCACUUUUCCCGUGAUUUUGACCUUUUUGGGUUGCGUGCAGCGUGCCCUUCGAAACACGAAAAAAACGAAAGAGCGAACGAAGGUUUUUUGGUGGUGCUAUUCUACGGCUUGGGCACUUUUGACUUUUGGCGUGGCAGAAGCCACAUUGCUGUGCUAAAUAUUUGACAAAAACUAAUGGAUUAGUGUAGAAAAAAGCGCCCUUUGCCAUCAUCGGAACGGUAGAGUUGUGUCACACUUUCCAAAGACACUGGAUUAGUAUUCAACAACAUCGGUGAAUUCCGUGCCGCGAAAUUCGGUCCCCACGCCAUCGGAUCGAUGGAGCACCGACCCCAACACGAAACCCCCCUAAAAAACAGUGCAUUGUUUUGUUUCCAUCCACACUGUAAAGCUAGGCUAUCAAAGUUUGUCAAACUAAAUCGUUACACGUCUCACCAUCAUCCAGUGUUUUCUGCUUGUUUUUUUGUUUUGUUUAGCGUACCAUUUCCUUUACUGUUGCGACAGACUUUGCACCUUUCUUUCUACGUUUAAAUCGUUCUUUUUGCGAUUACUUUCUGUCGUUUAUUUUAUGUGUUAUACUGUUUCUUUCUUACCUUCUUUUGUUUCUGUUUAAAGCAGUUUUUCUUUCCACUUUCUGUGCACCUACGCUAAAAACUUAAGUUAAACUUAGUUAACCUUUAACGUAGUGCUUUAAGCUAUCGGAUAGUAUUUUGCGGAACUAGAGAAUAGUUAGAGCGGUAGGGAAAAAAUGUGAAGAGAAAAAUGCUGUAUCAUAGAAGAAACGGAAUGGACGGAAAACGAUUGCCGACGGUGAGCGAUUCUGUACAUGAGCGGCGGAUAUAAAAAGUUGGAACGAAACAGGACCGGCAAACGGCAAAAGAAGGAGCGGAGAAAAGAAACAGGCGAUGCAAUCGAAUAAUUGUUAGGCUAACGACAGAAGAGAAAUUGGAGACGAAAACUUAAGGCAAACUAUGCAAUAGAACCAUAAACCAUUGCUAGAAAAGAUAGAAACAAUCCGUUUUCGGUUCAGCGUCUAUUGGUUUCAAAGCUUUAGAGAGGCACUUCCACCGGGCACCUUCGCUGCAAAGCAAUAGGCACAAUAGAGAGAAAGAGAGAGAGCACGCUCUCACGGCACAGCACAGAGAUCGAUGUCCAUCCCGCCCAUUUCGAAAUCCGGCUACCGCCAAAAAGGUGAUGAAUUGGUAGUGCUCGACACCCGUUCGAUUUGAUUUGCCAUAUUUGCCCGCAGUGGCGCUGGUAGAGGGUAUACUGUAGUAGGACAUAAACAAUAUAGGACACGGACAACCACUCUCUUCCAACCAAUAAUCGCGAUCCAAAUCAAUAGUCAACCGCCAGUCAGCCAACCCAAAACCGUUACUCUACACUCCGACCGAGGGCACCGAACAAACUGAGCACCGUUCGCGUUGUUCAAAAGUGUUAACCAAAUGCAUUGCGAUGUAAAAACAACCCAGAAAGUGCAGUUCCGGUGCACCCGGUGCCCCCAACGGUAAGAGGGGGGACAAUGUGCUAUAGGAUUACGGUGUUACGAUGAAGGAAAAGAGAAAGAUGCGACACUUUGAGAGGAUAAGCGCAAAAGGACGAUAGGAAGAGGUUACUAGAAAUUGAUUGCGUUCAUAAUUAUUAUUAUAUAGUAAAUGUAAAACAAGAAAACCAAAACGGACGCGCGCGCGCAGGCAACAGAAAACCGCAGUGGGCAAAUAAAUUAAAGUCUAACUAAUCUAA